UUGGAGUUGGAUGGAAGGUAUAAGAGCCUGAAGCCUGGUGCUCUCCAACUUGUUAGUUGGCAUUUCAGAGUGAAACCCUGACUCACCGCUGUCACUAUGGCAAGUCUGUUCACCGUGUUGGCCCUGCUGGCUGUGCUGUCCGGUGGCUUCUGUGAGGAGAAGCAGUUCUUGCAGCGAGUAGGGACGGCCUUUAACAGCAGAGACUACAGGUCUCUGCUUGUUGUGAGCAAUGGAGAGCAGUUUGGAAACUGGACCUGGCCUGAGAUGUGUCCAGACAAGUUCUAUGCCGUUGGCUUCAGUCUCAGGGUGGAGUCUAACCAGUACGGGGCUGAUGACACCGCUCUGAACGGGAUCCGCCUCAUUUGUGCCAAGGACGACAGCAGGAGCUUCCUGUACUCUAUUGAAUCCCACACCGGCUACUUCGGUGACUGGUCCAGCCCCCAGUACUGCCCCUCUGGCGUGCUCACCUCUUUCCAGCUCAGCGUUGAGUCUCAUCGCGGCCUGUUCGGCGACGACACGGCCGCCAACAACAUCAAGUUCCGCUGCAGCAGCAACCCGACACUGGAGGGGCCCGGCAUGCAGUGGGGGGAGUACGGCCACUGGAGCGAGACGUGUCAGGAUGGAGGAAUCUGUGGCAUUGAGACCAAGAUGGAGGAUUACCAGUUGGGCCUGGAUGACUCUACCCUUAAUGAUGUGCGCUUCCAUUGCUGUGACAGGCAUCAGCAGUGAUCAGCAGGUGAUCACCACGCAGACCUGACCACUUUGAUCCAGCCUGUCUCCAUCACCCUGAAGUCAACCAUGACUAACAAUAUAAAAUAAUAAAAUAAUGAAGAACUUA